GUGUGUGUUGCUGAGUGACCGCCAGGCCCAGGUCCCUCCCUCCCAACAUCUCAAAACAGGAAACUAAACUACAUCGGCUGGCUGAGUGGCAGUGCUCAAGUUUACUGUAAAAUUGCAGCCAUGAAAGCGGAUGACAUAGUGUACCUGGGCCUUCUAAUAACUUCUAUAGGUUUCGGGCAAAUUUAUAGACGUUUAGGAACACCUGAAGCUCGGAAAUGGGUGGGCACGUGUGUGGGGCUGGGGUUGACUGUGGCCGUCUCAGGGUGGCACAUACUUCAUCCUCUCCUACUCACCGCCACUAAUGUUCUUAUUCUUCAGUACAGUAAAAGUUGGUGCCAUGCCAUUAGUUUCUGGUGGAGCUUCUCAUAUUUGUUGUUCUUCCGGGUUUGUCACUACAUUGGUGUGGAAAUGGCACCAGGACACACCAAUGCCGUGCAGAUGAUGAUCACAUUAAAGUUGAUUGGCAUUUGCUGUGAAGUUCAUGAUACUUGGAGAAAGCGUGGAGAAGCAAAGAAAGAAGAAGACAAAGAGAAGAAAGCACAGCUUGAAUUGGAAUUGAAAUAUGAAGAGGUGGACCCAUCUCCCAUGGACAUCUUCCACUAUGCCUUUUGCUAUGUUGGAGUUCUCACAGGUCCAUACUACAAAUACAGAGUGUAUACAGACAUGCUGCAAGGGACACCUCUUAGUAAUGGACUGGACUGUCUGCAAGCAAUGCUAUGGAGAAUAUGGGUUGUUCCACUGUAUGCUAUUGCAUUUUUAAUGUCCGACUACUUCUUCCCAUUGUCUUUUGCUGAGGAUGAGGCGAUCUUCCGAGAUUAUGGCUUUUUCUACCGGAUGUGGUACAUGACCCCAGUGUUCUUUAACUUCCGCAUGCGUAUUUAUGCUGCUUUUGUACUCUCGGAGUGUGUGUGCAUCAUGGCAGGACUCGGAGCAUACCCAGUAGUGUGUGAACCCAAACCAGGUCGUGGUCCUAGUAAAUAUGAGGCAUUGGAGAUGAGCUCUAAGAAGGUGUCUGAUAAAAUUGAGUACAAUUUUGAAACUAUUCACAAUAUUGAUGAGUUUGGAGCUGACUUCACGCCAACAGUUCGUGGUGGAAUGCGUUGCUGGAACAUGACUGUGCAGUUCUGGCUUGUUAACAAUGUAUAUAAGCGCCUCAAGUUGGCCAGGCCUAUCAAGGAGGCACUGACAAUGUUUGCCUCUGCAUACUGGCAUGGAGUGUACUCAGGAUAUUACUUAUCCAUGCUAACUGUGCCAUUCAUUCUGGCUGUGGAGGACUACUUCGAUCGCCUUGUUAGGAGGAAACUUGGAGAUAAGGGUAAAUAUGUUUAUGACUGGCUUGCCUGGUUUGUGAAGAUGCAGAACUUUGCCUACAUGGGUAUGGCCUUCCUCCUGCUGCGUGUGGACACAACUCUCCAUUACUGGCACUCUAUUGGCUACAUCUAUCAUGGUCUGUUAAUUAUGAUGCACUGUAUUGCACAGUACGUCAACCUCAUUGUAGGCAAGGCUGCACAUAAGUUGAAGAAAUCUCGAGCAACAGCAGUCAUUGAUGAUUACACCAAAAUGCGCUUCGUCAAGACCAAGGAGGUGGACGCUGAUGGAAAGGUGAUGACUGCCAAGACCAAGGAGGUGGACGCUGAUAGAGAGGUGAUGACUGCCAAGACCAAGGAGGUGGACGCUGAUGGAGAGAUGAUGACUGCCAAGACCAAGGAGGUGGACGCUGAUGGAGAGAUGAUGACUGCCAAGACCAAGGAGGUGGACGCUGAUGGAGAGGUGAUUACUGCCAAGACCAAGGAGGUGGACGCUGAUGGAGAGGUGAUGACUGCCUUGGGCAACUGUGAUGGAGAAUGGAAAGAUGGGAAAAGUCAUGUGCAAUAGGUUGUUAUCAAUUGGGAAGGAGUAAAGAUGGCAUUUAUAAAGUUUUAUACACCAGUAAGGUAAGGCAAUAAUGUUUUGCAUAUAUAUAUACUGU